UUACCUUAGUGAUUUGUAUGUAAAUGCAUCAUAUAACGUUAUUUACGAAGCUAUAGGAGAAGUAUUAUAUUUUUCACUUGCUUGUGCAAGCACUUUUUACACUGUUGAUAUGUCAACACUUCCAUUAAAAAUUUUUUAAUUUAGUAUAUUAGGAUAAAGAACUGAAACUCCUCAUUCAUAUCUUUUAUACUUACGUGUAGUGUGAGCAAGUGUAAGUGUGACCAUUUUCAACCAUUUGCCUGCAACAUAGGGUGUCCCUCACAUCCGCACGCUCCCCGAAAUCCUUACACAUAAACUUUUCAGUUUAGGCUAGUCAGGGAAAAGUGUGAAUGCGAGGGACGCCCGUGUCGCAGGCAAAUUAUACUGUUCAAAUGAUCGUUCUAACCUGUUCAUAUAACGUACAAAGUUUCACAUGGACCACACGAUGUUGACUACAAAUAAUGGACAAGAACGAACGCUGGAUGAAAUACGCCAAGUUUUGAAGCUGGCCGUUAUCAAAGAGUCAGAUUUGCAAAAUGUAACGCAAAUAUUAUAUUUCUCGGCUGACGAUAACGUAGAGAAACAUACAAAGCUGUUGGCACUCGAUGAGCACUUGUUAGAAACUAUCAAGGCAGGGGAUAGUUUAACAUUUCAGGGGACUAAAAACGACUCUGUGAUGCUAUGCACAAGAAAUAAAACUUACAGCGUUACAGAAAUAGAAACCUCUAAUUCCUGUUUGAUACUACCAAAUCUAAACUUAUUUAAGGAUGUCAAUGUACCCGCAAUAAAUGACAGAAUAAUGAGAAAUUGUGAUAUCUCAGGAAUUUUUAAUGCAUACUUCGAGGUAGAACAAUGCAAGCCUAAGUUUGAAAAAUUGCUCAGCAUACUCGAACCUACUGCUUUCAAAGGAAUGGAGUACGAAUCUACAAUACCUCAAGAGCUUCUGUACAAUUGGGAUAGAUUAAGAAAUGAAGUACAAGCCAGUGAAAACGAAUUGAACAGAGCAUUCGUCGAUUACCUUAUAGCUAAUAUCGAUGGUUACUACCGUCUAAUAUCAUUCGAAGCAGAAAUGCAAAGUUUGACUUCAAUGUUGGAUAUAUAUGAAGAAAAUAGCUGGGAAUUGGAUGAAGUGGAUAAAGAAGCUACAUACGAGGCCUUGAAGGAACUUAUACCUAAGUCAAUAUUUGAUGCCUUGUUUGUAGCGUACGCAGAAGCAAGUGGUAAAUCAAAGCAAGAUGGAACACCUUUCUACAGAUACAUAGAAGAUAAAUGCUGUAAAAGUUUGGCAAAGGUCCUUCUAACUGUUUCACCAGUCACAGAGUAUGAACAAUUUAUGCAGUCAUGGCGUAUCGGUACACCAGAAAAAAUGAAGCCGAAAGAAGAAUAUUUGGGUGGUGUAGCUAUUAUAAAAUGGAACAAUUCAAUAUUGAAGAAAGAAGUAGUAGCUUUUUCAGAAGCAAAUUUAUCAAAGAAUAUCGAUGAAAGGUUUAAUCAACUUUUUAAAGCAAAAAACAAAUGGACAAGGACAGAAAUAACACCUUACGUGUUGUGUUUGACAACGGAUAAACUAAAUGUUAAUGCUCUGCUGACUAAAUAUGCUAGAUGCACUAUGGUAAAUGGUGUGAAAUAUUAUAGUUGCAAGCAUGGUAAAUAGCCAGUUGAAGACAAAACAGUUUUUACAUAGCUGAAAUGUAAAAACUCUUUAUUAGCCUUAUCAAGUUGAUCCUUUUGAUACAACUAUUCUUUUCCUUUUUUAGUUUCACUUGUUAAUAAGUAAAAUGAAAUUAUGUUUCUUUAUACCGAUAAUUAGAUAUUAUGUUUAUAUAAUUAUGUUUAUCUAUGUUUAGAUAAUUAUGUUUAUUUAAAAUUACAUAAAUAAUAUUCGUUCGCUAUAAUUUUCUUCUUGAAACUAUACAACGUUGUAUUUAUUUUAGUUGAGAGUUGUAUUUCUUGAUGCGUAUUCUAAGGUUCUGUAUAACCAUUCCAUGGUAGACACAAUUCUAUUUGUAUCUCCUAUACUUUGAUUUAAGAUGUAGGAGGACCCUGAACGUGUAGAGCAUUUCAUUAAAGUUUGAGACAAUAUUUUCAAUAAAUGCAUUUUUUAAAUAUUGCGGUAUUUAUGUAUACUCUAUCCUAUAGUUGUUGGAAUCGAAUGUUAAAUAUACGUUAACAGAAUAUAAAGAUUUGCAAAAACA